AAUGUCUUUCGCUCCCCUGCUGUGAUCUUGCUGGGCUGUGCUCAAGGACGAGACCCCGUGCUCUCUUCUGCCCCCUGGAGACAUGGCUUUUAAAUGGAAGAACUGGUACCUCCCCGCAGCCCUCUUGCUUCUGGGGAUCUUCUCUCUCACGGCCCUGAUCCUCAGCUUGGUGGGAAUCCACAAUGUCAUGCAACCUGCAGGAAACAAGUACGGACUGGUGUUUGAUGCGGGCUCGUCGCACACCUCGCUGUUCAUCUACCAGUGGCCGACAGACAAAGAGAACAACACAGGCGUCGUCAGCCAAACGUUCUCCUGUCACGUCAACGGGCCUGGGAUCUCGAGUUAUGCCGACAACCCUCCCCAAGCGGGCGCUUCCCUCCGCAAGUGCCUGGAUGAGGCCAUGACAGUUAUCCCUCGUGAACGGCAGCUCGAGACACCGGCUUACCUGGGGGCGACGGCUGGCAUGAGGCUUCUCAGGAAGAAGAAUGCGACGGCCUCCGCGCAGGUCCUGGAGGCGGUCGGGAAGGCCAUCCAGAAAUACCCGGUGAGCUUUCGAGGCGCUCGGAUCAUUACCGGGGAGGAUGAAGGUGCUUAUGGCUGGAUCACCAUCAACUAUCUGCUGGAAUCCUUUACCAAGUAUUCUGCCAAAAGCCGAGACUGGAUCCACCCGCGCUCAGCCAGCAUCCGGGGAGCACUGGAUCUCGGGGGAGCCUCAACCCAGAUUAGCUUUGUCCCGUCUGGCCACAUUGCCGACCCGGCCGAAGCCGUGCACUUCCGACUGUACGGGUUCGAUUACGCCAUCUACACCCACAGCUACCUGUGCUACGGGCAGAACCAGGUCCUCAAGCAAGCCAUCCGGAUUCUCGUGAAUUCCAGCUCCUCCGCCAGGAUUGACCACCCGUGCUACCCGGUGGGCUACAAUGAGUCCAUCGUGAUCUCUGAUCUCUACGACAGUCCAUGUGCCAAGCAUCUGGCGCCGCCUCUGCUCUUGUGGAACGUGACCCUGGUAGGCACUGGGAAUGCCACCCUGUGUCGGGAAACCUUCCGGAAGACCUUUGACUCCUCCAGCUGCAGCUACAAUGGAUCCUGUGGUCUCAAUGGGGUCUAUCAGCCCAAGGUCAACGGAAAAUUCCUGGCUUUUUCUGCCUAUUACUACACCUUCUACUUCCUGAACCUGACCAAGACGAAGCCGCUGGACACCGUCAAAGUUACCAUUCAGACAUUCUGCAGCAGGGAAUGGAAAGACGUGAAGUCCAGCUACCCUCGGGAGAAGGAGGAGCACCUGAAAAACUACUGUGCUAGCGCAAACUAUAUUCUUACCCUCCUGCUCGAUGGUUAUGGCUUCAGCGCGGACACCUGGGGAAACAUCGCCUUCCAGAUGCAGGCCACCAACUCGGACAUCGGCUGGACGCUCGGCUACAUGCUGAACCUCACCAACAUGAUCCCCCCCGAGGCCCCCCGGCAGCUGAAAGGGCACGAGGAGCCCGUGUGGGUGGCCAGCGUCGUCUUCAUCGCGGCCACGCUGGUGCUGUGCCUGGUUCUCCUGCUGCUGCAGGCCCUGCGGUGAGACGGGCGCUUGGGGACCUGGCAGGA